GUCCAAAUGUAUAUUGUAAUAUAACAUAUUACUAACGGCAGAUAUAGGAUUGUUUUUAUGCUAUAUUUAGACAUUCAAUGAACUGUCUUUUCACAAUAUUUUGAAAUAACACUAUACUACAGCCCGCAAUAAGAAGGUUUUGACAGUUAAAACGAGAUCAAUAGAAUACUUGUACGUGCAUUCAAUGCAAACUUAAUGAUCGGUAAACAAAAUGGCGGAUAUUUUGUAUAUUUUAACACUGGUGUUUAUGCUUCAUUUUGUGAGCGCUGAAUAUUGUAACAAGUACGGGUGGAUUUCGUCUCAAUACUGCGUCUAUGGUUGCUGCACUGACUAUGGACACUCGGGCUACGAGAAGUGUUGUAGCAGUUAUAAUUACGAUCAUGGAAUAGCUGUCGGACCCAUCGUCGGCAUUGUGGUUGGCUGUGUGAUUCUGAUCGUCAUCGUUAUCAGUAUCAUCGUCUGUUGUGUCUGCUGUAUGCGGAAUUCACGUAGGACGCAAGGACAAACCAUCACUACGGGGGCUAGCGGUCCUUACAUCAUGAAUCAGAUGACAUACGGGGUCCAGGCGGGACAGACACCUUACGGACAGCAGCCAUACCCAGCUCAACCGCCCCUUCAUACCGAACAUAUGGCCCCCGGAACUACACUUGUCAAUAGCCAGGCGAUGCAGGGGCCACCGUCAUAUGAAAAAUGCGCCAACAAUACGAAUAACCUGUAAUUGAUGUUUAAGCAUUCCAAAGUGUUAACUUGUAGAUAAUAUUACGCGAUGGAAACAGAAAUGCGAACAUGCACACCUUCAUUACAAGCGUGUAUGUAGUAAUAAUUCUACGGGAACAAUGGAAUUUGUACGUAAUGAACGGUUCCGUUAGUAAAUGAUAACUUAACAUGUUCAAAAAAGUGUUUCAUUUAAACAUUUACAGUUCCAGAAAACUAAGAAAAUCACAUGUCAAUCAACUUCAAAUACAUAGCGGUGAUACCCGUGCGCCUUUAUCGGGAAGGGCCAAUUUCCUUUAAUAGUGAAGAUCAAAAAAGGAUGACAAGACGACCGAAACUACCGUGUAUGACAUUGCGCGCCUUGCAUAUCAUGUAAAAGAAACAUCUCAAAUGUUUGCACUUUUCAUCUCAAUAUUCCACUGCAUUAUAGUAUAUAUCAUGAAAUAUUCUAUUGUUAAGUGAGUAUUGUAGUCAAAGGUGCGAUAAAACAUCUUUGACUUCUAUCUAAAAAACCCAGAAGUGUCUAUAUUAUAUUAGGUCUCAAUUAUGUAUAGAUCUCAUCUUGUGCAAUGGUACACUGUUCAUCAAGAUGCAAUCGCUGAGCCAUUCUUGCUUUUGCAGUACUAUUUCAAACUUUCGCCCAAAUUAUUCCAGUUUUCUGGACAUAUAGUAUUUUGGAAAUAGUACUAUGUAUUGUUUACCGAUAUUCUACAAUGUUGCUUGACAUUAUUAUAAGUGUAUAACAUUUAUAGACAGUUCACUAUAUUUUUCUUUGCAUCAUUUACAAUUUUUAUAGAAAUGUUUUAGUUAAUAAAAUUGUA